ACACAUUUAGCACGCGUCGAAUUUUCUUGUCCUAAAGAAUCUAACACACAGUUGGCAUUUAUUUAUUCUUACAUCUAUAUUUAAUUUUUCAUUCCUUUUUUUAUUUUUUAUAAAGUAUAAUAUUGAAAAAUGGAAGCUUUGGGUCUUCUGAGAAUUAGGGUUCGCAGAGGAAUCAAUCUUGCUGUGCGUGAUAUUCGGUCAAGUGAUUCUUAUGUCGUCGUCAAAUGUGGAUCUCAGAGGGUGAAGACUAAAGUAAUGGAAGACAACUGCAACCCUCUUUGGAACGAAGAGUUGACUAUUUAUAUCAUGGAUCUAAUAGUCCCCAUCAUUCUGUGUGUGUAUGACGAAGACACAUUUACGAAAGAUGAUAAAAUGGGAGAUGCAGAAAUAGACAUUAAACCUUAUGUAAAAUGUCUGAAGAAGAAGGGAUAUGAGGGUGUUUCGGAUGGAACCAAAGUCGAAAAAGUCGAGCCGAGUUCCGAUAAUUGCCUUGCUCGUGAGAGCUUUAUCGUGUGCAACAAAGGGAAACUUAUCCAAGAAAUGACACUUAGGCUUAAAAACGUCGAGUGUGGCGAAGUUGAGGUCGAAAUCGAGUGGAUUAAUCUUCCAGGUGUCAAAGGUCUACACGAAAUUGAUUAAGGGUGUUUUCUCUACUUAAUUAGUAGUAAUUGCAUCAAUAAGUGCCAUUUGUGUGUGCGCGUAGGGGCGCGCGCGUGUGUUUGUGUGCGUGUGUUGAAUUAUUGAUUACGGAUUGUAACAUUAAUAAAUUGUGUUAUUGUGUAAUAUUGUUGUUAGGAACUUUCGUAGUGUGCCAACAACAUUUAACCGAAAAUUGCCCAAUCGGUGGGAGUGUCGUA